AUGGGUGGUAAUAUCGGUAAGCCGACCUCUUCAAAGGAAAGCACUGAAAAGACAGAGUUCCCGCCAAACUUUAAUCAACAAUCAGAUGAUAUUUCUACUGGUGGCGAGUGUGCAAAACCUGUUUCUGUAGUUGAAAAGCAGAUGGUGCCCGUCACCCAGAAUUUUGAAAAUUCAACUCUGAUGGAGCAGUGUAUUAUGAUCGUUCUUUAUGAUUUCGCAGCUACUUUGGAUUCCCAACUCACUGUUAAACGAGGUGAGAUCGUCCGUCUCCUAGGCUACAGUCCAGCAGGUGAUUGGUCUGAGGUCGAGGCCCCUUCUCACCUUCCCAAUCGAACACCUCGCGUGCCCUGGGCGGGCGCCGGUGGGUGGGUGCGCGGUUGGGUACCCACCAGCUACCUCACAGAACACGUCCGGUCCCAACAUGUCGGUGGAAUUUGUGGUAAUACCGCCGAGUGGCGGAGGGUGGGCGAUGAAGAAGAGGCUACCGCGGCUGCAGCAACGACUACCUACCCUUGGUAUCACGGUGCCGUCUCCCGUCAGGCCGCUGAACAGCUUCUUAGAAGUGGUAUCACCGGCUCCUAUCUUGUGCGGGAAUCCGAAUCGGCACCUGGACAACUCUCCGUCACCGUGAGGAAUUUGGGCCGAGUCUAUCACUAUCGUAUCAGUAGAGAUUCCUGUGGAUGGUAG